GACCUCACAAACAGUGCUUGUUCUUCAAACACCGUCUAACAAUGCUAUCUCAAUAUGGAUUCAACGCCCGCGUUUGCCCGAUCGAAGUUCAAUAAAAUAUAAAUGAUAUCAAAACAUUGAUAACUGCUCUAUUCUUCCGCUCCAAUCUUUCGCAAAUUACACUUCCUUCCAGCCCUAGAGAUCAAUCUAAAUCCGGAGCCUGCUCCGACAAAAGUCACAAUCUUUUAAUACUAGUCUUUAAAGCAACACGAGUCCACUGAAAUUAAAACAAAAAUGCAUCUGGCGUGGUCCGUGGUUGUGGUGGCCAUAGUUUAUACUGGACUCAACACUCCGACUUUAUCUGCUGCCGAAGGUGGAGAUCGUCCCACUGUUCAAACCACGAGCGCGACCAUUAGGGGUGAGAGGCGGAGUAUACAUCAUCGUCAACUGGGCGCUGAUUUCCAAAAGAAUGUAGCCGUGUUUAAGAACAUUCCCUACGCCGAGCCACCGAUCGGGGAUCUUCGAUAUGCCGAACCGGUACCGAAGAAUGUCGAGGGAGAGUUCGACGCGACAGGCCUCUAUAAACUCUGUCCACAGUUUAAGAAUCCGUUGAUGUAUGAUGAUACCGAGCCUCUAGAGUUCUCCGAGGACUGUCUUUACCUUGAUGUAUUCGUGCCAGAGCCUAAGCCCAAAUCAGCGGCUGUGAUGGUAUGGAUCCACGGUGGAGGUUAUCACUUUGGGACUAAGAACUUAGAAAGGCUUAAUGCCAUGCCCUUGGUGGCUGUCGAAGACGUCAUCGUCGUCUCAAUCAACUACCGUCUCGGUAUUCUCGGAUUUCUCUCUACCGAGGAUGGUGCAAUACCGGGAAACCUCGGACUUCUUGACCAACGACAGGCUCUACUAUGGGUGAAGGAAAAUAUUGCAGCAUUUGGUGGAGAUCCUGAUCGGGUGACUAUAUUUGGUGAGAGUGCUGGGUCAGGGAGUGUAAACUGUCAUCUUCUGUCCUCGAUGAGUCGUGGUCUAUUCUCAGGUGCAAUCAUGCAGAGUGGGGCCAUGUCACUAACAUGGACAUACAAAACACCGAAAGCGAAUGCUGAACUAACACUCGCGUUUGGAAAAGCAAUGGAAUGCGAAACUGACAGUUCCACAGAGCUACUCACUUGUCUCAGAGGAAAAUCAGAAGAAGAUAUAAAAGCAUUGCUCGAUACCGGUACAGCCGCAAUGCUCUACCUUGUAGCUCCCGUCGCUGAUGGCCACUUUCUUCCUGUAGACCCCCUCCAAGCCCAGGAGGACGGAAUGUUCAACCCGUCUAAUGUGAUGAUCGGUAGUCUAGGGAACGAAGGCACUGUCUUCACCAUCCCAAUGAUGUUUGGUUUGGAAGGAUACGACAAGCUCUCAGUGAACAAGACGAUGUUUGAUGCUUACACUUCCCAGUUUACCCGGGUGACAGACCAGUUGAUAUUGGAUAUGAUCAGUGUCACUUACUUGUCAGGAGAGCAGCUAACAUCGGAUGACGACGAAUUGGACCUCUCGGACAGGAUGGCUCAGUUCUUCGGAGAUAUCAUCCUUCUUUGCCCUACCUACGGCGCCGCCGAGCAGCUAGCUGCCGCUGGGAUACAGACCUAUACGUACUACAUGACACACGUGCCAACUUAUUCGAUCUGGGGUAGGCAACUUACUUGGCUAAAGGACACGCAUGCUGAAGAUAUCCCUUAUGUGUUCGGUUCGGCUUUUCUCUCCAAAGACGGUGAAGAAGAGCGGGAGGAUGAGGACUGGCGGAUGCGGGGCCGUCUCGCCGAUGAUGAAGUGGUGAUCGCAAGAAGAAUCAUGAAAUAUUGGGCUAACUUUGCCAAGUCAGGAAAUCCUAACCACGGGUCCAAUGGAGAUCAAGAAACUGACAGCCAGUUCCCAUCCUGGCCUUUGUUCACAAGUGACACCAAAAUCUACAAGAAUAUCUCUAAUACCAUGGGCAAUCUAUCUGGGACUUUGCCCAACUCCAGAGAAUGUUACUUUGUUGAGAAGCUGCUCCCAAAGAUGAAAGACAAUGUAGAUGAGAUUGCGCGCCUGAAAUCUCUCUUGGACGAGAAAGUCAGUGAUGAUAGUGAGAUGAGCUGCGAAGAUCAAGGCUCCUGUCCUGAAGAAUAAAUUACUCUUAUAUUUCCGCAUUCUCUGUCUCCUGUCCUGAAGAAUAAAUGACUCUUAUAUUGCGCAUUCUCAGUCCGCGAAUACGACUCAAGACUUAUUAAAACUCUUUCAGUUUUAAUAAAUCAUAAUAAAAAUGAGUUUAUCUUUUCUGAUUAUAUAAAACCCGGAACACCUUUCCAAUAGAUACCGCUGCCCGAAGCAUAAAGUUUCAACGAUUUUCUAGCAACAAUUUUGACAUUAGGAACACGUGUCUUACAUGAUCAGUUUGGGAACUGUUACAACAUCAAUUCACAUUAUAAUUUCAACUUUUGAAGUCUAAGCGAUCAAACUUCCGAAUAGUAGGACAAAGUAAUAUUAAACUUUCGAGACUCCAUCUAGCAACAGGGACCCCGGGUAAGAACAGGUUGGCUAUUAAUAGCCAAUCUGAAACGGGUCUAUCCCUACGAUUUUGUAUUACAUGCAUUGUUAAGUUUGAUUAUUGUUACAUUGUUAUAUUAUGUGAUCAUGUAAUGUUUAUUUUGUUUAUAUGCAUUUUUAAUCGUGAAUAAAACCAACCAACCAAUAAAAGAGUAUCCAAUUCCAAAUA